AUGCAUCUCACGCACCUUGCCCUCUCCCUCAUAACAUCUCUUGUCCUAGCCACCCCACAACCCCUCUGCACUCCAUCCACAUUCACCUCCCUCACCCUCCCCGGCACCCAAAUCCUCAACAUAACCACCACCCAGCAGUCCAACCUCACCCUCUCCGUCCCCGAUGACCAAAACCACUUCGCGGCCAACAUCACAAACCUGUCCGCCUGCGACGUCCUGAUAACCUACACGCACACCAACUCGUCCCCCGCGGACACUGUCCUCACGACCAUCACGCUCCCGCUCCCUUCAAAAUGGACAGGCCGCCUCCUCGGCGCUGGCGGCGGCGGCUGGUACACCGGGCCCGAAAACCCCCCUGACACACCUCUGGGCCCGCAUCCCAAGGCUUCGCCGUCACAUCCACCGACAGCGGACACUCGCUCCCCUCACCCGCGACAUGGGCCCCUCGUAUCCCCCGGGCACCUAAACUAUCCCUCUCUUGCACAAUUUCGCUGA